UUGGAUCCACAGACGGUGGAAACUAAGAACUGGCACACAGAUGUGAUCGAGAUGAAUGGGAUUAAAGUGGAAUUCUCCAUGAAAUUCACCAGCCGAGACAUGAGCCUCAAAAGAACACCAUCCAAGAAGCAGACAGGCGUCUUUGGUGUGAAGAUCAGCGUGGUGACUAAGCGGGAGCGCUCCAAGGUGCCUUACAUCGUCAGGCAGUGUGUGGAGGAGGUGGAGAAGAGAGGCAUUGAGGAGGUCGGCAUCUACCGGAUAUCAGGGGUGGCCACGGACAUCCAGGCACUGAAGGCCGUCUUUGAUGCCAACAACAAGGACAUCCUGCUGAUGCUGAGUGACAUGGACAUUAACGCCAUUGCUGGCACCCUCAAGCUCUACUUCCGGGAGCUGCCCGAGCCCCUCCUCACAGACCGACUCUACCCAGCCUUUAUGGAGGGCAUUGCCCUGUCAGACCCUGCUGCCAAGGAAAACUGCAUGAUGCACCUGCUCCGCUCCCUGCCCGACCCCAAUCUCAUCACCUUCCUCUUCCUGCUGGAACACUUGAAAAG